AUGGCUUCUGUGUACAAGUCAUUGUCUAAGAAGGCCGAAAAGGCUGAGGCGCCCACCAAUGGCGUCAAAAAAGUGCGCCAGAAGAGACGCGCUCUGAUUCUUUCGAGCAGAGGCGUCACUUACAGACACCGACAUCUGAUGAACGAUAUCGCUUCGAUGAUGCCCCACGGAAAGCUGGACAGCAAGUUCGAUUCGAAGGCAAAACUCUACGUCCUUAACGAGCUCGCCGAGCUCAACUCGACACCUCAGAUUUGCUAUUUGGAGGCCAGGAAGCACCAGGAUUUGUACAUGUGGCUGGCAAAUGCCCCGAACGGCCCCAGUGUGCGUCUACACAUUCAGAAUAUCAUGACCAUGGAGGAGUUGCGAUUCCCGGGCAACUGUCUUAAAGGAAGUCGUCCUGUACUGUCCUUUGACGCUGCGUUCGAUACCGAACCUCAUCUCCAAGUCAUAAAGAACUUGAUGUCUAUGGUGUUCGGUGUUCCAGAGGGGGCGAGGAAGGCCAAGCCUUUCGUGGAUCAUGUAAUGGGAGUCAGCUGGGUUGACGAGAAGAUCUGGAUACGCUAUUUCGAGAUCAAGGAGGUCGAUGCUGAUACGGAGCAAGAAGCCACCGGGAAGUCAGUUCUCAAGGGAAGCAAGACAGACGUCAGCUUGGUGGAGAUUGGUCCGCGGUGGACGGCAACCCCGAUUGUCAUACUCGAAGGCAGCAUGUGUGGAAGCGUGAUUUGGGAGAGCCGAAGCUUUGUCUCCCCGAACCAGAUUCGUGCGGAUUUGAGAAAGAAGAAGUCCACUCGCCACGUCUCGCGGACGGAGCAGCAAGUGGAGCGGAUGGCAAAGAAGGGCGAGCUUGGACUCAGGAGCAAAGGUGGAAAAGGCGCGGCGAAGGACGAGCUGGAUACCAAGGCACUGUUUGCGUAA